GUCUUAAACCCCUAAAACAAAAACCCUCCAAAACACUAAGAGGGAGGCUGCUCAACUCUCUGAAUUCUCAAACUCAAACAGUUGCACAGAGAGACAGAGAGACAGAGAGAUGAUUGCUGGCGGCAAGAGUUACGUGUCAGCACCUCCGGCCUUCUCCACCGACGCCAAGCGCCUCCUCGUCUGCACAGGCCCCGUCGUCUCCAUCUUUAGCACCUCCACCGGUUUACAGAUAGCUUCCUUGGAGGCUCACAAUGCCUUGGUCACCUCCGUCAUAGUAGUUCCCGGAAACAAAGCUCUGAGCUUUUGCUGGACUGCCUCCCUCGACGGCACCCUUCGCUAUUGGGACUUUGCAGUCGCUGAGUUGAUGAAGACCAUUGAUAUUAAAAUGCCCAUUUUCUCUAUGGUUAUUCCGUCCUUUUUGGGCCAACCGGAGAAAGGAAUGCAAGAAAGUGCGUUGCCGGUUCAUGUUUUUGCUUACUUGUCUGUUGAGAAUACCCAAGUGCAAGCAAAUGCACCGAAGGCUUUGCGUGGGCAGAUUCGGAAGUGUGAUUUGACUGAAUCUCGUUUGGGUGGCGGUGUUUUCGCAGAGACUCAAGAACCAGAGGUUAUAACUGUCGGUCCCUCGGGAAAAUUCUUUGGCAUCCGGAACAAGCGGAAGAGUCAUAUAUGGAGGGUCCCUGCUAUAGAUUCUAAACUCUUAGUCUCUAAGAAGAUUACAUUGCAUCAUACAAGAAACUUGACGGUUCUUGCAUUUCAUCCGACCAAGACAAUUGUUGCCGCAGGUGAUGUAAGUGGGAGAAUUCUAACCUGGAGAGGGUUUGGUAAUCGUACGUUUUCUGAUGGUGGCAAACUAGAAAAUGGAACAUCAAUGAAUAAUGAGGAAGAAAGACCUGGAGUUAGGGGAGAUGAUGAUGCUGAUUCUUGCACCACAUGGCAUUGGCAUCCUGCUGGAAUAAGUGUCCUUUCUUUUUCUUCUGACGGAGCCUAUUUAUAUUCAGGCGGAGUGGAAGGAGUUCUUGUGGUCUGGCAGCUAGACACAGGGAAAAAGAAAUUCUUGCCCAGAAUUGGAUCUCCGCUUCUAUAUUUGACUGAUUCUCCAGAUCCUUCACUUUCUUCUAUAUCUUGUGCAGAUAAUCAAAUUCAUAUACUAAAAAUGCCCUUAAUGGAAAUCGUGAAGUCUAUUUCAGGGAUCAAGCUUCCUUAUUCAGUUCCAGAGAUAUAUGAAGGAAUAUGCAACAGGUUUGCCUUUGAUCACACUGCUGGGUUGGUUGCCUUGCGUACAGAGAAUUAUCGAAUCCAAUUCUACAGCUUAUUUGAUGACCGUGAAGUUUCUGAGGUUCAAGUCUGUGAGAGAAACCAUCAACCAGGUGAUGAAAUCAGAGUAAUAGUGACUUUGGUGUCUCUAUCUGGAGAUGGCUCUAUAAUGAGCACUGUUGAAGUUAAGCUGCCUGAGGAGGGAUUAGGUGGUCUUGUUUGUCUUAAGUUUUGGGCAUCAGGAUCACAGGACAAAAAUUUCACCAUGUCCACCAUUGUUUACGAACCUCACAGGGAUGCUGGAAUUUCUUCUCUGGCUUUCCAUCCUACCCGUCAUAUGGUUGUCAGUUCAUCUUAUGGUGGGGAUUUCAAGAUUUGGGUUUGCAGUGAUGAGAUUCAGCAGAAACAUGAGGCACUGCAACAUUCUGGUUGGAUGUGUCACGCUGUAGGUUCAUACAAGAAGAAGCCAAUGACAGCUACUGCAUUUUCUGCUGACGGUUCUGUUCUGGCUGUUGCAGCCGAAACUGUAAUUACACUAUGGGACCCUAACAACAAUGCACUUGUGGCUGUGAUUGGAGAGGCACAGAUGCCAAUUGUGACCCUGUCUUUUGCUGGGAAAUCAGAGUAUCUCGUGUCUGUCUCCCAAGGUUCAAAACCACAGCUAUCGGUGUGGAGCAUGUCAAAACUAUCUGAAUCUUGGUCGUACAAGCUUCACAUAGAAGAUGUUACCUGUGCGCCAGAUUCAUCAUCGUUUGCAGUUCUUGCCCUUCUUCCCAAAUCAUCUGCUUGUAUGGGCUCUAAUGAACCCUCUCUCUUAGGAAAAGAUGGGGUAAUCUUAUUAUUCAAUGCGACAGAUCCUGUUCCAUUGGCCAUGUGGUCUGUAAGAAAGGCUAAGGGUGGGGGUCUUGCUUUUCUGAACGGGAACCAGCAUUCCUUCCAAUAUAAUAUUUUAGAUGGGAAACCACCACAAACUUUACUUGUGUACAUGAAUGGUGACCAUGAGUACAUCAUCUUUGACCCAUAUGGCAAUGAAACAAAUGAACUUAGUCUAACCAAGCGGGAGAGUCAUGUUGCCCUUGAUGAAACAGGGAAAUUUGGAUAUGCAUCUAUCUAUGGGGAGCUACCGCGGUUUGAUUUAAAGAGAGAUCAGGCCUUCUUGGCCCCAUCUGCCCCAUCACAGAGGCCUUGGGAGACCCUAUUUAGUGGGUCAUCACAUAAUCUUCCGCCCCUCACCAAACUGUGUUCAGAAUUUAUGGAAUCACUGCUAGAAAAGAGGACUGCCACCGUAGAAUAACCUGUUUGUUGCCCUCGACUGGCAAUCUAGAUCAGGCGAAAGUGUGAAGAAGGUUUAGAUGCCUGGUUGUUCAACAAAGAUAAUGCUGGGGUGUGACAUAGAUUUGGUGGCUUUGGGGCAGAAGGCAAAACUGAAUGCGAUAUAAAUGAUGCUAACACCAAGUCAAAUCUAAGGAACUUAGAACUUGCAAAUUUAGAAGCCUCGGCCAGGGUUAUGAUUUUGAGUUAUUUUGAAUCGUUGACCGAAGUACACGGCCGUAUGAGAAGCACGGAAUUCACAUCCAAUUGAAUUUCCGUUGUCUUUAGAAAUUUUGUAAUUUAAAGUGGACGAUUACAGCACAAUUUUGUAGUCCUAUAUUUCUACAGAAAAUUUUGUAAAUUUUGAUGAGUUUGUAUCUUAAAUUCUUUUGUGUGCUU